UACUCUCGGUAGAUGUUAAGUGUGACCCGUGUUCGUUCAAGCCGGCUGGUCAGCUGGCUUUCCUGCAAAGAGACGCCGUAUUGGAGCGGCUUAGCUAGUAACAGCAUUAGCUGAUAUGUAGUUAUUCUAUUAGCACUAUUAAGAAAAAAUAAUCAAAUACAAGUGGGGGAUAUUCGGCGGGCAAAGUCGACGUUUAGUUUAGCUACGAAGCGAACGCGGAAGGGAGCGCGGAGGUCUCUCUCGCUCUCAGCUGCGGCUUCGUUUCUGAUGAACCGACAGCGUCGGUGUCGUGAACAUCAGAGGUCUCCGGUUUCGCGUGCAAUUAUAGACGGUAUAAUGUCGUUCAGGCAAAGAUCACGAGUGGCACAUGUGAAGAGCGACCAGUGAAGGAGCUCUGAUCCACCAUGGGAAACACGGCGUCGAAGAGUGACAGCGGAGAAGAACCUCCUAAAACAACUUUGUUUGAAAGGGAGCCAAGUGGGAUAACAUACAGAAUCCCUGCUCUCAUCUAUCUGAGGCACUGUCACACCUUCCUCGCCUUUGCAGAGAAAAGAUCCUCACCCUGUGACAAUGACGCCAAAAUCCUUGUUAUGAGAAAAGGCACCUUGAAAGAGGAUGGAUCUGUUCAGUGGUCGUCCAGUCAGGAGCUGUCCUCAGCAUCCCUACCAAACCACCGCACUAUGAACCCUUGCCCAGUGUAUGAAAAAAACAGCAAAACGCUCUUUCUGUUUUUCAUCUGUGUGUGGGGCGCCACCACAGAGAUGAAGCAGAUCCUCACAGGUAAGAACAAGACCCGGCUUUGCUAUGUCAGCAGCUGUGACGAUGGGCAAACUUGGAGUCAAGUGACAGACUUAACCGAGAGCGUGAUUGGCGAAACCAUCCACAGGUGGGCCACAUUCGCUGUGGGCCCUGGCCACGGUGUUCAGCUCGAGAACGGCCGAUUGGUCAUUCCUGCGUAUGCCUACUACAUUCCUUACAGAUGCUGUUCCUUGCCCCUUCCUUGCACAGUCUACCCACGUGCACUGUCAGUAUAUAGUGAGGACUUUGGACAGACGUGGCAUAUAGGUAAGAUGCUCCGGAAGAAGUCGUGUGAAUGUGAAAUGGCAGAGAUCAUAGACCACGAGGGCAGGAGCCACCUCUACUGCAAUGCUCGUAAUGCUGGGGGCCACAGGUGCGAGGCUCUUAGUGAAAACAGCGGCGUCUACUUUGACAAACCCCACAUGGCUACGGAGCUUGUCGAACCGCGUUCUGGCUGUCAGGGAAGCAUCAUCGGCUUUCCCGCUCCGGAAUUUGUUCCAAACGAUGAUGCGGAAAGCAAAGCCUGCGGCACGUCACUCCUGUCGCCAGACACGCAAACCUGGCUCCUCUUCAUGCACCCAACGAGCAAGUCCAGCAGAAGGGACAUGGGUGUGUAUUUGAACCGAUCCCCCCUGCACUCAUCCGGAUGGGACAGGCCCAGGAUCAUCCACAGGGGGCCCAGCGGUUACUCAGACCUGGCUUACAACGGGGACAAGGAUCAGUUUUCGUGCCUGAUGGAGUGCGGGAGGGAGAGUGAACUUGAGCAGAUUGCUUUCAUGUCGUUCUCUCUUAAUGAUGUCAUGCAGACGGGCGGCAAGAAAGAAAAGCGUUGAAUGGUUGAAUGAUGGUGGGUUUUAUUUCUGUAUUAACAAACGAAGCUCUCUGACAUUCUCCCGCAGCCUAACAAAAAAAAAAAAAAGAAAAAGAAAGAGAAAUCGAAGCAAAAGCCACUAAAUAUGCUGUGCAGUAACAUCCAUCUGUGUUUACUAUUGUUCUAUGUUCUGGAGAUGAUAAUGCAUGCAUGAGUCGUGUGUUUUGCUGUCUCCUUGUUUACAUAAAAAAGUUAUUAUCAGAUUAAUAUUAUUAAUAUGCAACAAGCUGUGUAAGGACGGACGCUGUUGUGAAGGGGCUAGGUGGUUCGUUUUAAGCAUGCUGUGCUGGACUGUCAUUUGGAAAAAACAGGCUUUGUGUGUAGCAUGUUUAAUAAGCACUUCACGCCCGUUUGCAUCUUUUUAAACUGUCAGUGUUUUCUGAGCAGCGUGAGACAAUUUGCCUACCUCUUUUUAAUUUUCAUAUGAAGAUCAUAACAGGCCUUGGAAAGAGUUUCCUCCGUGCUCGGUCUCUCCUUUUACACGUCCUGUGCUCUGAUUCACAUAUGCCUUCUACUCCACUGUUUAAACGUGGGCUGUGACACAGCCUGUCAGCGCUUUUCUGCAGGGCCACAGUGGGUGCCAUAAAAGGUGGCGAUAAAACUGGAGAGAAAAAAAGUACAUCCAGCUGAACUAUAUCUGAAGUUUUUUUUUUUGUUUUUUUUUUAAACAGCUGAUAGAUUAAUGCUACUUUUUACUGCACACAUAUUUUAUUACAUUAAUUCUCAAAAGCAAUUUUGCACUCAGUUAUUAUUUAUUUCCAGCACAUUUAGCAUGACUUCUUUUCCCAGCAUAAAGCACGUCAUAAUGACCAGAUAUGACUGGCUUGCUGUUAGUUGUCUAACGAUGGCAUGUAACAGCAGAUGAAGACACGCUAUUUAUAAAGCCAAUAGGAAUUUGCACAUGCAGAAUAUCGUACUGUGUGACAUUAAUGUCCCUCUUUGCCUGUUGUUGUGCGGCAAAAAAAAAAAAAAAAGCCUUGAGGUGGUACGACACUAGUUUAGUUGUGUUUCUCUUGUGGAAAGUGUCAAAAACCUGCAUGAAACAUGUAUUUUAGUACAAAAUAAAA